UCUAGUUCUGUACUAGCGCUGAUGUGGACCGGUGCUCCAGCUUCAUCAGCCUUCCGCGUCGGCGAGCGACGACCAAGCGCCAGCAGCUCUUCCCUUUCCUCCCCCACUCCCACGGACGGACGGGACAGGGAAAGGGCCGACCGACGCGCAUCUCGUCGCCUCGCUCCGCCGACCCGCUCCCCUCCUCCUCCCAGGCCAUCCCUCGCCAUGGAGGAAGCGAAAGUUGUGGAGUCCAAUGACGGGGCUACCUCGGUUGCUUCUGCAUUUCCUGGUCACCCGGAAGCUGCACAAGAUAGAGAUCACAAGUUCUUAUCGACAGCGGUAGAAGAAGCUUACCGAGCAGUCGACUGUGGCCACGGACGGCCAUUUGGCGCAGUCGUAGUCCGCAACGACGAAGUGGUAGUCAGUUGCCAUAACAUGGUUUUGAAGAACACCGAUCCAACUGCACAUGCUGAAGUAACUGCAAUAAGAGAGGCUUGCAAAAAGCUUGGCAAGAUUGACUUGUCGGAUUGCGAAAUGUAUGCAUCCUGCGAACCUUGUCCAAUGUGUUUUAGCGCCGUUCAUCUAUCCCGGAUCAAGAGGCUGGUGUAUGGAGCCAAGGCAGAAGCUGCUGUUGCCAUUGGAUUUGACGCCUUCAUUGCUGAUGCUCUCGGAGGAACUGGGCACUACCGUACGGCCAACCUGGAGAUAAAGCGAGCAGAUGGGAAUGGAGCCCUGCUUGCUGAACAGGUCUUUGAGAACACCAAGGGGAAAUUUCGAUUGAAAUAAUGUGUAGAUAAAGACAUGAUGUGAUUUCACAUCAUGGGAGCCCUUGAUGCUCAGAAAAAAUAAUGUAAUUGUCAAAAUUAUGUCAUUGGUGAUGGACUAAAAACUAUCAACUUAAAUAUACCAUUUGAUUCUAAUUUGAUCUUACUUAAUUCUGAGA